AUGAUAGGUAUCGCGAAAAAUGAAAGUAAAAAAAAUUACGUUACUCUGGGUUUUUUAGGAUCUUAUGGACAUAGUCAAGUUGGUUUAGGGGCUUUACCUUUAGCCAUUGAUGCCGUAAAUAAAGAUCCUAAUUUAUUACCAGGACUCGAAUUACGUUAUGUUGCUGCCGAUAUCGGUACAAAAACUCCAUCAAACGGAUCAAUAUCUUUUGCGGCUUGUGCUAUUGAAAAAAUGACAGAAAUGAGGGAUAAUGGGUCCAUUGCUUUUAUAGGACCAGAUGAUACGUGCAGUUCUGAAGCGUUAGUAGCAGCUGCUUGGAAUUUACCAAUGAUAUCUUACAAAUGUGCAGAUACUAAAGUUUCAGACAAAAGAAUUUUUUCAACAUUUGCAAGAACUUUACCUCCAUCAUCUAAAGUUUCUAAAUCGGUUGUGUCACUUUUGAAAGCUUUUAAUUGGCAUCGUUUUACAAUGGUUGUUUGUCAGAGUCAUGCUUGGGUGGAAGAAGUCAGAGAUGCUAUUGAAAGUCUUGCUGAAUCGUACGGUAUGAUAAUAGCCGAUAUGAAACUAUAUUCCGAUUACAUUCCUAGAAAUAUAAAAAUAAUGGAUAGUAUAGUUUUUGAAACGUAUCGAAGCACGAGAGUUUACGUUUUCAUAGGAGAACACAUUGCUUUGGUUGAUUUCGUCAAGUGCUUACAAAUGCGUCAUUUAUUAGAUAAAGGAGAAUAUGUAAUAAUUUCUGUAGACGAUGAAAUAUAUGAUCCAGAUCGUAAAUUUAACGUUGUUGCAAGGCCCUACAUAGAUCCAUAUUUGAAAUAUAAAUCCGGUGAUGUCGAGUAUAUAAUGGGUUUUAAAAGCGUUUUGAAAUUAACUCCAUCUCACCCUAAAAAUCCUGAUUACCAAAUUAUUUGUGAAAAUAUAAAACGGUAUUCUGCUAAAACGUUUAGUGUUCCUUACCAUAAUACAAUUUUCGACAGCAUAUCCGUUCCUAUUCAUGCCAUGUAUUUGUACGAUGCCGUCAUGAUUUAUGCGAAAGCAUUAACAGAAGUCAUAAAUAUGGGUCAGGAUCCGAGGAACGGUAGGGAAGUUUUAAAAAAAAUAUGGAAUCGAACGUAUCAUUCCGUGCAGGGCUACGACGUAUUUAUUGAUGGUAAUGGGGAUGCGGAAGGAAAUUAUAGUGUUAUUGCUCUGAUGGAAGAUAAUACGCUGAAUAAUACGAUUCAAUUAUCCAUGCAACCUGUUGGAUUUUUUCAAUAUAAUAGUUCAUCAUCGAUUCCACAUUUACCUAAUUUUAAAUAUUACAAUGAAAAUCGUCCGAUUAUGUGGGCGGGAGGAAAUCCACCAAGAGCCGAACCAAUUUGUGGAUUCAGAGGUGAAAAAUGCAUAAAUAAAACCGAUUGGCGUAUUGUUAUCACCGUCAUCGUUGUUGCAUUCUUUACGUUAAUUGGUUUUAUAUUAGCUUUUAAGCAUUAUCGUUACGAACAAAAAUUGGCAUGUUUGCUUUGGAAAAUCGAUGGAAAAGACAUUACGCUAAUACCGUUAGGAGUAAAUGAAUCCGACACGGAAAAAGCUCUCUUUAAUACAAAGAAUGAAAAAAUUAAUUCUUCGAUCGCUCCAGACGCUGCUGCCGAAUUAGCUCCAAAAAGAGCUUUUACAACUAUUGCUUUGUACAAAGGCAACAUUGUUGCUGUUAAACCUAUUUAUAAAAAAAACAUUGAUCUUACGAGAAACAUAAGAAAAGAAUUAAAACAGAUUCGAGAAGUAAGUCAUGAAAAUAUAAUUCAAUUUAUCGGAGCUUGUGUUGAUCAUAAUAAUGUCUGUAUUAUAACACCCUACUGCGCAAAAGGGUCUUUGGAAGAUGUUUUAGCAAAUAAGGAUUUACAUUUGGAUAAUAUGUUUGUGUCUUCUUUGGUAUCCGACCUACUAAAAGGUUUAAUAUACCUUCACGAUUCCGACAUUAUUUCUCACGGAAGGUUAAAAUCCAGCAAUUGUUUAAUUGAUAGCCGAUGGGUUUUACUUCUGUCGGAUUUCGGUUUGCACGAAUUCAAAGCCGGUCAAGAAGAAAGAAAAAAAGAUAAAGAGGAAAAAAAUUUACUUUGGACUGCUCCAGAAUUAUUAAGAAAUCCUAAUUGCUUUCCAAGAGGUACUCAAAAAGGGGACGUGUAUUCAUUUGGAAUUCUUUUGUACGAAAUAAUCGGUAAACACGGUCCUUGGGGUAAUAUACCUCUUACCCCUUCAGAAAUUAUUACAAAAGUUAAAAGUUAUCAAAAUGGUAAACCUUUUCGACCGCAAACACAAAAUAUCGAUGCUGAGAAAUAUGUGUUAAAAUGCAUGGAAAGUUGUUGGGAUGAAGAUCCAGAACAACGUCCCGAUAUUAGAUAUGUAAGAGUAAAAUUAAAGGAAAUGCAGGCUGGAUUGAAGCCUAACAUAUUUGAUAACAUGCUUGCGAUAAUGGAAAAAUAUGCUAGUAAUUUAGAAGCUCUUGUUUCGGAAAGAACUGAUCAAUUGACUGAAGAGAAAAAAAAAACUGAUGCCCUCCUUCAUAGAAUGUUGCCCAAAUCAGUGGCCGAGUCUCUUAAAAGGGGGGAACCAGUCGAAGCAGAAAGUUUUGAUUGCGUGACUAUUUACUUCAGUGAUAUUGUAGGUUUCACGGAACUUUCAGCUUUAAGUACGCCCCUGCAGGUUGUAGAUCUCCUCAAUGAUUUGUAUACUUGUUGUGAUUCCAUCAUCUCUCAUUACGAUGUAUACAAAGUUGAAACAAUUGGAGAUGCAUAUAUGGUGGUAUCAGGCCUUCCGAUAAGAAAUGGAGAUCGUCACGCUGGAGAAAUUGCAUCGAUGGCUUUACACAUGCUGAGAAAAAUAAAUUGUUUUGAAAUUAAACAUCGCCGUGGAGAACCUAUAAAACUUCGAAUAGGAAUACAUUCGGGACACUGUGUGGCUGGAGUUGUAGGUUUAAAAAUGCCAAGGUAUUGUUUGUUUGGAGAUACAGUGAAUACAGCAUCUCGAAUGGAGUCUUCUGGAGAAGCUUUUAAAAUUCAUAUAUCAGAAGCAACAAAAUUUCUUUUGGAAAGAUUGGGAGGCUACCUUUUUGAAGAAAGAGGCUUGACAACUAUUAAAGUAAUAAGUUUUGUAAUAAGAAUUUUUAAAAAAAAUGUUUUAAAAUAA